AUGAGUCGCCUAGUCACGUUUGACGCGACCAACACGCUGAUCCGGCUGCGCUAUUCGCCGGGGGAUUACUACGCGGCGGUGGCCGGCCGGCACGGACUCGUGGUCUCGGCGCCCGAGGCCGACCGCUCGUUCCGGCACCACUUCCGCACACUGCUGGCGGAGGAGCCCAACUUCGGGCGCGGCCUGGCCGGCGGCUGGCGCCGCUGGUGGACCACGCUGGUGGGCCGAGUGCUGACGGACGCCAGCGCGGCGCCGCCGAGCUCCGAGACGGCCGGCGCCGUGGCCGACCGCCUCCUGGCCGACUACGCCGGCGUGGAGUGCUGGCGCACGGCCGAGGGGGCCGUGCCACUGCUGGAGCGACUGGCCGCGCGCGACAUCCGACUCGGCGUCGUGUCCAACUUCGACCCGCGCCUGCACCGGUUGCUGGAACGGUUCGAGCUGAGCCAGUACUUUGACUUUGUGAUCGCGUCGUACGAGCAUCCGUUCUGCAAGCCCGACCAGCGGAUUUUCGAGCUGGCGCGACGCUCGGCGGGUGCUGACCGCUGCACGCACGUGGGUGACAGUGUGAGACUGGACUACGAGGCUGCGCGUGCCGCCGGCUGGGAGGCGGUUCUGGUGGGGUCGGUGCCGCCAGAGGCGGGGGUCGAUCCGGCGCACCUGUGUCCCCGGCUGGCCGAUCUAGAGAAAUACCUGAAGUUCUGA